AUGAGUAAUAGUUUCGGAUUUACAGACCUUAUGAACAAGGACGAACACAAGCGAAAAAAAACAAAUACAAAAAAUAUUCCUAUUGAGGAGAUAAAGGAAAAUGAGAAUAACAACUAUGAUUUAGUUGACAUUGAAAAGUUAGCUGAUAGCAUAGACGAGUUAGGCUUAUUACAACCCGUUCUAGUUAAACAGCGUGAUAAAUAUAGCUAUGAAUUGAUUGCAGGACAUAGACGAUUUAAUGCGAUAAAAAAACUAAUUAGUGAAAAUAGACUUCCUGAAGAUUACGAAGUCCUUGCUAAGAAAGUAGAUGAAGAUGAGGACGAACUUGUAACAAGACUAAAGUUACAUGAAACUAACCUCCAAACUCGCUCACUUUUAAAAAUGCCUGAAGAAGAAAAAAUAGCCAUCAUUGAUGACUAUAUGGAUAUUUUAGAUAAAGCCAAAAAACAAGGGGUACAGAUCAACGGAAAACUGGUUAAAGGAAAGACUAGGGACUUAAUUGCUGAAAGAUUUGGUAUCAGUCAUUAUACCGCUCAAAAACUUAUUAGAAAAGCUAAAGAACAAGGUGGGGAAGAAGAGGGGGCAAAAAUUAGCCCCCAAAAGAAAACCACUAAAAAGCCAAUUACACAAUUAAAGAAAAUUGAGACUCAAUUAGAAAAAUUAGAGUUUGAAGGGACUGAAGAAGAACAAGAAAUCAAAAAAAAAUUGAUUGAGUUAUUAAUGAAAUGA